AUGUUUUGGAAAAAGAAGGAUAAAGCCAAGGAAGAGUCAACGAACCCAUUUGACACCAGUUCUGUAGCCUCUUCUCCUGCUCCCUCUUAUUCUUCCACCCCCUCUGCUGCUCCUUCUUAUAGUUCUGCACCACCAUCAGACUAUAGUCGAACAAACAGUAACAGAGAUGAAUUAUUUGCUGGAGCACGAAACAACAAUUAUAGCCAAGAUGCCUACUCAUCUUCAAGAUUGGGACAAAAUAACCGAGAGCAGCUUUAUGAUGAAGAACAAGAUGAAGAAGUUGAAGUGGCUGGUUUAAAGCAGAAAAUAAAGAAUGUCAAACAAGACAGCUUGGCCAGUACCCGUGCUGCUUUACAACGACUUCACGAGACAGAAGCUACUGCAGCUAAUACGAUGAACAUGCUUGGAGAACAGUCGACUCAAAUUGCCAAUGUUAACAGACAUUUGGAUAUGUCAAAAGCUUACUCUGACAGAGCAGCUAACCAAGCAGAGGAGCUGAGACAAUUAAAUCGAUCUAUCUUUAUACCUGUUGUGUCUAAUCCAUUCAGAAGAAAGGAAAGAGAGAAGAAAGAGUUAGAGAGACUUCAACAAGAUCAUGCAGAGCACAUGGAAGAAAGAGAUAGGAUCCGUCAAUUUGAAUAUGAAACCAAGGCACGCAUUGAAGAAACGAAUAGAGCGAAUGAAGGCCAAAAGAAUAUUAGAUCUGCAGGUCGUAGAGGACGUAGUGAAGCAGAUCGUCGACGAUAUCAAUUUGAAGCUGACUCGGAAGAUGAUGCCAUUGAAGAUGAAAUUGACCAGAAUCUUGAUUUAAUGGGAGACGCUCUUGCAGGAUUGAAGAAUAUGGCCAUCACAAUGAAUACUACGCUUGAUGAUCAGAAUAAGCAACUGGGAAGAACAAUUGACAAGGUGGAUCCAUUAAGCAGAAACUUGAUUAAGACAACCGACAAAUUAAAUAGAACAAGGUAA